UGAUAACGAAUCUUGGAGUUAAUUCCAUUCACGCGUCAUCAUCAACUGGAUCGUCCCAUCCGAUUUUGAGUCGCCACAUUCGCUGAGCUAGGAGCUUCGCUACUACGAUCACUGGUGAUACUAAGCCCAACGGGUCGAAGAAUUUGACGAUUUCAGAAUACAUUUCACGUUUCGUUAUUCGAUGGUGAUCAGUUGAGCUGGGUGCUGGGUUCUUAGCGAUGAACAGAAUAUCGGUAUAAGGGUCUCACAGCAAGCCGAGCACCUUUAUGGUCUCAUUUACUCCUCUUAAUUGGUCCAUGGCGGUCUUCUUUUCGCGAUCUUCUUCGGGAAUGUGCUCGAGAAAUUUUUUGGAAUUCGAGCACCACUUGUGGAUUGGAAAACAUCCUCGUUCUAGAAACACUUUCAAUUGUCGUUGUGCUUCGAUGGCAUCUUCCACCGAAUCAGCACCGGAGAGUACAUCAUCCAUGUACGUUUCUUCCUGUACUAUCCGGGAAGCGAUGGGAAAGGCGCGGCCAUCUUCUUCGACAAGUUGCAACAAACACCUUGUUGCAAGGAAAGGGGCCGAUGCGGUACCAUAGGUUACCGUAUUCAAUAGUAGAGCUCACAUCGGUUGGGAUGGAUGAGGUCUCCAGAAGAUGCGUAAGAAGCGACGAUCUUCUUCGGCAUGCAGUACCUGGCGGUACAUUUUAGAUACGUCUCCGGAAAGCGCUAUCUUAUAUGUCCGAAAACGCAGUACGAUGAAGUGUAAGUUGUUCUGGACUACGGGUCCAACUUGUAGCACAUCAUUCAAGGACAUUCCUGAUGGUGAAGUCUUGGCGCUGGCAUUGAACACGACUCUGCAUUUCGUGCUCGUACUCGAUGGUCGUAACACCGCAUGUGUCGAGUGCAACACUGCGACAGUUGUUCAAUUGCAGCAAACCUUCUUUGAACGGCAAUCUAACGAUGAACUUUCCGUCCUCGUCUUGUUUGUAGGUAGAUAAAAAAUGAGCCUCACAGGCUAACUCUUCUUUUGACAUCUUAGGAACGUUCAGGCACUUCCUCAAUCUGCCAGAAAUGAUGCAUCAUAUCUUCGACUUCUUCUACGGAUACCUUAUAUGAAUGUUGCAACGACAUGCUGGUGACAAAUGGCUCGGCGAUGGAUCCGGAUACUACCUAUCCAAAUUGAGUCUCUCGCAGCACCGGUAGGUUUGGAGCAAGUUGUAGCUGAUUUUCCUUCACAAUAUCAAAAAAGAGCUCUGCACCAAUCAACACAUCCACUCUUUGCGGUUGGGAAAAUAACGGAUCAGCUAAAAUAAUUCCGUUGGGAAGGCUCGAAAGGUUGAUGUUCACAUGGGAAGACGGAAUUAUACUAGUCACCUUCGGUGCCACCAAACAUGAUUUUCAAUUCGUCUGCGUCUGGGCUGCCGGCGAUCCAUUUCCAUACUUGACCAACCCCAUCUUUCCCAUCUUUUAUGUCUCUUUACAGUUUUCCUAAUCUUAGCUAAUGUUUCUUUUAAUUUGGUGACUUUUAUUUUUAUUAGCUCACUGAGUGAUUGGUUAUCUAAAUCGUUUUUGUUAAUAGUAGUUACCUUAUUAAUAAAGUCUGUUGAAAAUAGAUUCGGAAUUAUAGGAAAUCUUUCAUGAAAUGUUUCACGGACGAACUGAAAGGGAAUUAGUUAAUUGGACUAUUCAUCUAGGGCAGUAAGUGAACUUUAGGAUUAUCAAAAUGAACUAUGUAAUAAUGAACUUGACAGACGAAUACACAGUCACAAACAGAACGGCGCGCGACGAUUACGACUUUCUCGGCUUGGUGGAAAAAACUCCGAAAAUUUACAGCCAGCACUCCGUGAGAAUUUCUCACAUUUUUGGUCCUUCGAACUGGAUUGUGAAUUCAAAGAGUUUUUUUUUUCGUUCAAAGCUCUGCAACAAGAGCUCGGUCGGUUUAACGCUCUGCAACAAGGGCAAGGUGUACAAUUCUUCGUCGCGUCGUUUCACGCCAUCGCGUUUCGCUCCGCAUCAAGGGCAACGGCCAACGAUUUCAGCGCCAUCGUUAUUUGAAUUUUCGCGCCAAACUUAAACGUUUUCUUUCGUGUUUAAUUUCGUCCUGUGAGUGUUUUCAUAUCGUGCAAAAUUAUGGACAAGAAGAUAAAAGCCGCUCAACUAAAAAGAAGGAUCGCGGUGGAAAAUAUAAGUGCUCUCGAACGGUUCCAAGUGCAAUUUUCUGGGGAUGACGCCAAGCAAAUUCCGGAGGCGUUAGAGGACUUGGAACGGCAUAAGGAAGGGUUCUUCGCCGCGGUAUCCAAACUGGAAGAGCUCGAUGACAGUAAUGAAGCGAUCGAAGCUUGCAUCAUGGACAGGAUCAACAUCGAGGAGCGGUGUAGGAAGCUAAAAUCCUUCCUCCGGGACAACCUUCGACGGGAAGAGGGUAUGCUAAACGACACAUCGGGUUUGGCUUCUUCAACGCUUGCGUUUGGUCGGCCAAACGCACCACAUCUACGUCUUCCGAAGAUCGAGUUGCCAUCAUUCGAUGGCGACCAAACGAAAUGGCUGUCGUUUCGUGACCGAUUCAUCGCGAUGAUCGACGCUUCACCGGAGCUUCCUUCGAUUGCGAAGCUGGAAUAUUUGCUGUCAGCAUUGAAAGGGGAAGCGGCGCUUCCUUUCGAACACACGCCGUUGACAGCGGACAACUACUCGGUGACGUGGGCAGCUCUUCUAAAAAGGUACGAUAAUCCACGCACACUAAUCCGUGAGUAUUAUCGGAAGCUACAUUCCUUCCCGCCCGUACGCGCGGACUGUGUGGAUGAGUUAGUGCAUUUGGUGGAUGAAUUCAUUCGUCAUGUGAAUGGGUUACUAAAGCUCAACGAGCCCAUCGAUCAUUGGGAUACACCGUUGACAAAUUUGCUGGUUAUGAAGCUAGAUCACGCUACUGUUUUAGCAUGGGAAAAGCAUUCGGUCCAUGCCAAGAAGGACAAAUACAAGGAGCUCAUCGAUUUUGUACAAGAUCGAAUACAAAUAUUGAAGGCGACUCGGAGUACUACUUGUGAAGAUGACACUAGUAUCACUAAGGUGGCUGGUACGCAGCGUUAUCCAAGUUCGCGGAAGACAAUCGUUCACUCAGCCGUAGCACAACCAGUGUCAAGUAGAAUGAUUGUAUCACCACCACCGAAGUGUCCCUUGGAGUGUACGGAGAACCAUUUCUUACGAAACUGUCCUGUGUUUGGCAGUAAGGACGUGCAGCAACGUCGGGAAGUGGUUACAUCGAAACACUUAUGUUGGAAUUGUCUCGGAGAUUCCCAUCAAGUGAAAUCCUGCAAGUCGGAGCAUGCUUGUCGCACGUGUCAUCAGCGACACCAUACACUCUUGCAUGUUCCUACCACUACAACGAUCACGAUGGCAGCUCAAGACGAUCGCAGUUCGCUUACGGCUACUCGAAACAAAAUCAACGUGGCAGUCACGGGCAUCGGAAAAACGGCACAGUCGGCGAGAGGGUCGAUCGUCGCAACUGUGGCAUCGAGGAAUCAAUCGUAUUCUAAUCAUCUGGAGUUCCUCGUUCUGGAGUCAUUAUUUGCGCAUACUCCAAUUACACCCAUCGAUACUUCAUCGUGGAGUAUGCCCGAUCUGCAGCUGGCAGAUCCUUCAUUUAAUGUUCCGGGCAACAUAGACAUCGUAAUCGGCGGAGACACGUUCUGGGAGGUUCAUUCAGGACGAAAACGAUCUAUGGGCACGGGCAAACCUUGGCUCGUGGAAACAUCAUUCGGCUGGAGCGUGACAGGGAAUGCAUCAAACGGUACACCUCUUCAACCAUGUCAUCGUUCGGGCUACGGAAGUCCACCUACGGAAGAGAAAACAAAUCAGAAGGGUUCCACUGUUUAUAAUAAAGUUCCUGGAAGGGGCAUCAAAGUCAAGGUCAGACCGAUGUAUUUCUCGGGCCAAACGUCAUUCCAAGCGCUGGAAGUAUAG